AUGCUCAUGCCUCGAUCGCGUUGCUUGGCGCUCCUGACGCGGGCGAUGCGACACUCGCGAGCAGGAACUACGCAUCUUUCAUCACAUGCGGUCUUCAGUGAUUUUAAUGCGCAUAUGAUUCAUCGAAAAUUAUCAUCCAGGCCUGAAGAGAGCUCAGCCUGCAAGCAGAAUCUAAAAAAGUUGCCGUCGUUUGCCAUUGCUGGCGCUUUCGAGGGUUUCGAAGACACAGAGCAUCCAGAUGAUCUCGGUCAUACAGACGAACACGCAGAAAAAUUAAAAGGCACCAAUGUCGAAUGUGAUCGCUCGCUAAGUGAGCAUUUUCGUCGUGGCAUUGAGAAAAAAAAACGUUGGAUGCAGUCGCUAGCCAAACAAAAGCUUUACACGACCAUCAUCAAAAGUGUGGCUGACUGCUACGCGCCUCUAUAUUCUGUCAUGGGACUCGAGGGAAAGUGUCCGUUGUUGCUAAUAUCAAAAAGUGAGUCUAAGAGGGAGCACGACCAUGAGACGGAGUUUCGACCUUUGCGCUUCGAUGACACGCUGACAAAAUAUACGGAGCAGGAAGCUCUGGCCUUGUUGGUUACUUCAAAGCAGCCUGCGCUGGCACUCGCUAUCGUUGAGCAUCGAAAUAAACUUUCUGAAGAGCUUGCAAGACGGUUGAAGGCAGGAAUAGGCGUCGUGCUUCCAGGGUCAAAUGUUAUGGAAGAUAGAAGCAUUGUCACGUUAAGCAGCCACCUCCGCAUGUUUUAUUCGUGGGGGAUGAGUGCGUGUGCUAUGUGUGGGCCGGAAUAUUACCCUAAAUUGUUUGACAUGUACAAGCGGGCACAAGAAGCAGGAGUAUACGUCACGGCGAACAUGAAUGUUCAGUACCUAUCGGUGUUGAUCGCACAAAAACGCUUUGAUCAAGUGUUUGAUUUUUAUGAAUCGGUCAAUCAUAAUAAUUUACCAAUCUCGGUAUAUUUCUAUAGACAACUGAUCCUCACAGUCUCUCUGACGCACAAGGUUGAUGCCUUGGACGCAAUUCUGAAAGAAAUGCGGGUCAAGGGAUUCAAAUUGCGUACCAUUGAUUAUCUGCGUGCCAUUUGUACAUUUGACACUGAUUACUUUCUUCGGCCAAAAGCAAAGCAUAAGAUGAGCAACCGAAAUCUUGGUGAAUGUAAAAAUGAGGAAGCUGGUUUGAUGUUAACGACACCACGAGAUUCAUACGACAUGUGCCGGAAACGGAUUCAGGAGCAAGAGUAUAAUCCGGAGCGCAUGGAAAAGUCUGUUAAGGUUGCUCAGAGCGUCCUUGCAUUAUUUGAUGCGAUGAUGGAGAUUGAUGGACUUAAACCGCGGGAGCAACAUCUGUUUACACGCGUUAUUACAGCGGCUGUGUACGCACACGAAUGUGAAAGGGUUCCUGAACUAUUGUCCCUUCAUGCUAAAUUUGUAAAUGCACCUCUUCAUCAUACAAGUGUCCGCAUGGCUGUGAAUGCAUUCUUGUUGAUGGAGAAUCCCGCGGAUGCAUGGGAUCUCAUCAAGGCGACAAAAUCACAUAUCGGUUCCCACCGGUUUGCACUCAUGGCUAACAUCUUUAAAUAUUUGUGCGAAAAGAAAAACUGUGUGGAUAUUAUCGCUUUGAUGCGCGAUGUGGACAAAUCGGACUUGCAAAAUGUGUUCACUCUUUCCUUGAUAAAAAAGUUGGUCCCUACACUUUGCAGUAGCCCAGAGAGUGUUGGAGAUGAGAAGUUACUGACAUUCAUGGCACAAUUCGAUGAUGUCUUUCGUUUGUCUACGAGUGAGCACCAUUUGGGUGUAUUUCUUCGUGAAUGCUGUCACAAUAGACGAUUCGCGGGUGUAAAAAUUGUUUUGAAGAAGUGGGUGGCUUCAAGCAAAAAACAUCCGCUUCGUGGAGCAGUGGGUCUUAAACUCUUGAAAACGUUUGAGGAUGAGAAUGAUUGGACGACGAUGGCUGAAAUUUAUGAGUUGAUUGAUAUCUCGAGGGCAAAAAACGAAGGUCACCGUAAAGCUAUCAUUGAGUCUGUUUCACGAGCUUACGAAGCUCUUGGACAAACUGAAUGUGCUAGACAAGCGCAGCAAGCACUAAUCGUGGCUUAUGAGGGUCAGAAACAAGAGCAAAAAAUUGUUGAUCGGUGA